CCCGGGACAUCAACGCUCAACUCUGUCUCGAGAACGUUUGAAACACGCGCUCGCGUGUUUAAUGACGAGGCCACGAUCUUCUGGGGAGUUAAUCGUCGCAGGCAACGGCUGCCAACCGACAUCAUUCGCUAACCCACGCAGCGGGUGUGGCAACUCGGCGGGAAUGGAGAGGCGGGGUUCUCUCGCAGUGCGUCGCUGAGGUCAAUGCCGGGUGCCGGAACAGCCAGCGAAGGAGCAUAAUUCCGCACUAGGAAUUUUAAAAAAAGAGAGCCAAAGAUGUCCGAAGGCCAGCAGGAGACAGCGACAUCGAGCACGAGUGAGGGAGAGACGCGCCUUGCACUCACGCAGAGCUCGCAGGCGGUGCCCGAGGAUAGGAUGCACAACCGGGAGGUCAGGCGCAUGAAAAACAGGGAAGCGGUCAAGGAAUGCCGCCGGCGACAGAAGGAGUAUGUGAGGUGCUUGGAGAACCGCGUGGAAGUGCUGGCGGUGCAGAACAGACAGCUGCUGGAUGAGCUGUCGGGGCUCAAAAAACAGUUCGGUUUGAAUCCUGGCAGCGCUGGGCAGUGAAGUUGUCCGUAGUUGCGCGGCCUCGCAUCGAGCCCACCCGGAGUCCAAAACAACGCUUCCAGUUGUCAAGUGUGAACUUUAUUUAUUGAGUUAAUUGGAAAUAUGCUAUAAAUAAACAACUGACUCUAAAUAUUCCAAUAA